AACAACAAGCUGAACAACAUGCACUCCUCCAUGCACGACGUCUGGCAGAUCUCCGAGCUGAUCCUGCCCAAGGUGGGCAAGAUCUACCCCAUGAAGCCCGUCGUGAUCGACACUGUGAAGGACUUCAUGUCGAUGGCGACCUCCCAGGUUGCUGGCCUCCAGGAGGCCGCGGACGAGAUCGUGGUCAACGUCGGCCCCAUCGUCGCUGAGCGCAUGCAGUGCACCUGGAGCGCUGCGCUCCCGCGUUCCUCCAUGGGCUGGGCCGCGGCCUCAGCUGGCCCCGCCCCGGGCCUGGGGCCUGACAGCGCGCGCCGUCUGGCCCCAGGGCAGGCCGAGAAG